AUGCAAGUGUCAUCGCCUUCCUUUUAUCGUAGGAUAUAUAUUAAAAUGAAGGCACGUUUCAACCUACCUCUUGGCAAAUAUCCAGACCUUAUGGCUACGGCGAACUGGGACAGAUUAUUCUAGAAUCAAGUGCAAGCUCAAGAGAUGUGUAUCUGAGUAGGUUUCAGCUGCUUCCCUGGUUGGGAUGGAGGCGCUCAGCAGCCUCCUUUGGAUCUGAGGACACACAUCGGCAUUUCUCUAUCGAGAAACUGGGGGUUUCGGCCCAGAUCGCAGGGAGUAGUUUGUUCCUGUAGUUUUCGAAGGAAGGCACUUCGAUACUCGACAGACUCCAAGGAGCUGAUCCAUGGUAUCAAGCUACUCCAAUCGCCCGUAGUAGGAACAUAAGAACUCAAGACUGAAGCAGGCAAGGAGGAGACAGAAGGUGCCAGAAGAAGGGCACUCGUAUUAGGGAUAAACUCUCUGGACUGGAAUCUAAAAGCAGUAGAACCUCCCGUACGGGAGGUCUUUGGUGACUGCGUCACCAAUAUUGCUAACCCCUGAUUUUAUAAUCCUAAUCCUUUAUCGCAGAAUGCUCCAUAGCGUAAGCUCUAUUUUAGAUAUACGCCGAAUCAAAAAAUGAUGACUCUAAACAAGCUGAGCAAGAUUACAGAGUUCAUCCCCUGCAAUUUAUUGAACCAAGUGGUCCUAGCUGAAAAAAUUGCCAAGAUGAUUGAAAAAGCGAUCCAGCCCAAAGGUGUGCUAGUGAUUGUAAGAGCUUUACAUCCUUUUACGAAGUUUCAAUCAGUUGUCGAAGAAGAUUCCGAAAAUUGUUCUGUUUUUGCAACAGGCGAGUUUUUGAAGAACCAAGGCUUGGCAGACAGCUAUCUCGAGAAAAUGCAGCCUUUCCCAAGAUUGUAAUGCUUCUAUAUGAAAUUAUAUGAAUUAUUAAAUUUUACGUUGUGUGUUGUUUUAAUAAGUCUUGUGGUGCUUUUGGCAUUUCCAGAAUUUUUUCACAUGAUUGAAUGCCGAAGAGUAUUGUUUAUAUUUAA